AUGUUGAGGUAUAAGAGUAAUAAUUCCGGCUAUGCUAACAGGUGUGCCUUUUUACUUGAAAAAUUGUCAGAUAACGUUGAAAAGAAAGACGUUACAAAAAUGGGAAAUGCCCCCACUUCGAAUAAAAAGUGCGAUCCCGUUGAAAGUGUUAAAGAAUUUCUCGAUCAAGCCAAGGAAGAUUUCGAAGAAAAGUGGAAAAAUGUAUCAUCCAAUACAGCUGAAUUGGAUGAUUUUGAAAGAAUCAAAACUCUUGGAACCGGUUCCUUCGGUAGAGUUAUGAUCGUUCAACAUAAAAACUUAAAAGAAUACUUUGCUAUGAAAAUAUUAGACAAACAAAAAGUAGUUAAAUUAAAACAAGUAGAACAUACUCUUAACGAAAAGCGUAUCUUGCAAGCUAUCAAUUUUCCAUUUUUAGUAAGCUUAAAAUAUCAUUUCAAAGACAAUUCGAAUCUUUACAUGGUUUUAGAUUACGUACCCGGUGGAGAAAUGUUUUCACAUCUUCGAAAAGUAGGAAGAUUCAGCGAACCUCAUUCGAGGUUUUACGCUGCACAAAUAGUGCUUGCCUUUGAAUAUCUUCAUUACUUAGAUCUCAUUUACAGAGACCUCAAACCGGAAAAUCUGUUAAUUGAUUCACAAGGAUAUCUUAAAGUUACGGAUUUCGGAUUUGCCAAAAGAGUCAAAGGAAGAACAUGGACCCUGUGCGGUACACCAGAAUAUCUGGCACCUGAAAUAAUAUUGAGCAAAGGAUAUAACAAAGCAGUCGAUUGGUGGGCACUCGGAGUUCUCGUCUACGAAAUGGCUGCUGGUUAUCCUCCAUUUUUUGCUGAUCAACCAAUACAAAUAUAUGAGAAAAUAGUAUCUGGUAAAGUGAGAUUUCCAUCACACUUUGGCUCAGAUUUAAAAGAUCUACUGAGAAAUUUACUCCAAGUUGAUCUAACUAAAAGAUAUGGAAAUUUAAAAAAUGGAGUGAAUGAUAUAAAAGGUCAUAAAUGGUUUGCAUCGACGGAUUGGAUAGCUGUUUUCCAGAAGAAAAUAGAAGCGCCAUUCAUACCUAGAUGCAAGGGUGCAGGCGACACAAGUAAUUUUGAUGAUUACGAAGAAGAAGCAUUGAGAAUAUCAUCAACAGAAAAAUGUGCUAAAGAAUUUGCCGAGUUUUAA